AUGGAUACAACGAUUCUGCGAUUGCUCAUGACCAAACUACUUCCUAAAGGCUUCCUAUGAUUGUUUCAUUGUCAACUAUUUGUGGUGGAACAGUCAGGCAUGAUCUAGUGAUGUACGAGAUAUGGAACUACUCUGCCCAAAAGCUCAUUCGUGAAAAUGGGACUUGCCCCAGAAUUCACUCAUGUCGACUCCCAAUUGGUUACGAUAGAAACCAGCAGGGCGACGGAACAUUCUUCGCCAGCACCCGAGGAUCUGUCUGUGAUUCUGGACAUGGUCAACCAUUCAAUCUGACUCUUCAGGCCUCAUUUGUUGUGUGGGCCUGGGGUUCUUUGGGCCUCGCUCAUCCUCACCGACCAGUUAUGGAGCAAUGACCACCACUUUGACCACC